AUGAUCAUUCUCAUUCUGUCAUGUUCGCUUGUUUCUCUCCUGAUGGUACCUCAUUAGCAUCUGGUAGUGGAGAUAAGACUAUCAGAUUAUGGUAUGUUAAAACAGGAUAAGAAAAAUCCAAAAUUAGAAAGCCAUUAAAAUUUUGUUCAUUCAGUCUGUUUUUCUCCUGAUGGUACUACAUUAGCAUCUGAUAGUUAAAACUAUUCUAUUCUUUAUGGAAUGUUAAGACAGGAUAAUAAAAAGCCAAAUUAGAUGGUCAUUCAAGUUGUGUAUAAACAGUAAGUAUUUCUCCUCAUGGUACUAAACUAGCAUCUCAUCUGGUAGUGAUGAUAGCUCUAUCUGCUUAUGGGUGUUAAGACAUGAUAAUAAAAGCUGGACAAGACGGUCAGUCACUUCUGUCAUAUUCGUUUGUUUUACUUCUGAUAGUGCUAAAUUAGCAUAUGAUAGUUAUGAUAACUCUAUCUGUUUAUGGGAUGUUAAAACAACAGCAAAGGAGCUUCUCCCUCAAGAUAAUUUUUAUAGCGAAUUUAUAUCUUAGUGA